CUCUCUCAGAAAAAAAAGAAAAAACUGCUAGUGGAAUCUGCUCCUGCCGCACACGCCGGACGAACUGCCGACCUCUCGCCGGCGGCGCGCACCGACCCGAGGAAGAGAGAAGCCAAGGUUCCGUGCCGGCUGUUUGCUCAGGUGAGGGUUUGAAGAGGACGGCCGUGGCCAUGGCCAUGGAGGAGGUGGAGGUGCCCUUCCCCACGGAGAAGCUCUCCAUGGAUCCAAAUCGGGAUUGGGGGAGGCGAGCUGGCGUCGUGCUGGUGGCCACCGGGAGCUUCAAUCCUCCCACCUACAUGCACCUGCGCAUGUUCGAGCUUGCAAAGGAUGAGUUGCAGCAGCGAGGAUACUCGGUGCUGGGUGGAUACAUGUCCCCGGUGAACGAUGCGUAUAAGAAAAAGGACCUCUUGCCGGCUGCUCACCGGGUCCGCCUCUGCGAAUUGGCAUGUCAAAGCUCGUCUUUCGUGAUGGUUGAUCCUUGGGAGGCAAUGCAGAAAGGUUAUCAGCGCACCUUGACCGUUCUCUCGAGGGUUAAGAACUCUCUGUGCAAGGACGGCUUAGCUGAUCAAGGUGGUGUCAAGGUAAUGCUUUUAUGUGGUUCUGACCUUCUCGAGUCAUUCGGCACACCAGGGGUUUGGAUUCCAGAUCAGGUCAGGGCCAUAUGUAAAGACUUUGGUGUUGUCUGUAUACGUAGGGAAGGAAAAGAUGUUCAAAAGCUAAUAUCCAGCAGCACGACACUGCUAGAAUGCGGGGAUAACAUCAUUUCGGUUGAUGAGAUUGUGCCAAAUCAGAUCAGUUCAUCCAGAGUAAGACAAUGUAUAAGGGGAUGUCUCUCAAUAAAGUAUCUUACUUGUGAUGAAAUAAUCGAGUACAUUAGAGAGCACAAACUAUACAUGGAGACUGAAGAUAGUGAUACCAGAUCAUGACAAUGUUGCAAGCCUUUCGAAAUGUUCAUCGGGCAUGGACUGUGCCACCUUGGGCAUCAAUCUUAUGAUCAAAUCUGGAACAUCUCUGAUGAGCUGCCAUUAUAUGAACUGAAGGAGUCUGACUGCUUACUAGCAUCAUGAAUGGUUGCAAAUGUAUGGAGACCAAUACUUACCAGUAGAAGGUUCUUGAAUCUUCCUUACGGUGUUGUCAAUGUAUCAGUCUUUCGACAACAGAAUAUAUCGCUAAUAAAGCAUUUAUACGACACAUGAAA